UUCGCUCCGUGACAGUUUUCAUUCGCGGAAGUUUUCAGGUUUUAUAAUGGUAUAUGGGUCAGUCGAGUGUUUUGUUCAUGUGAUGUGAAGUGAGCGGGAGGUGUUAGUGUGGAGAAUGCCUUUCAAUAUUUCAUUUUACAAUAGAUAGACGUUUCACUGCCCCUGGCGCAUCUGAAAUAUUUAGAAGAUGGAAUCCAUAAGGAAGUGGUUCUACAAACCGAAGAAGGAUGAUCCAUCACUGUUGGCACAGUUCUUCUACGCUGAUGAAGCAUUGAAUGUGGUGGCUGCAGAGCUGGAUAGUUUUGAUGGAAGGAAAGAUCAGGAGCGUUGUCUGGCACUUGUUAACCACCUAAGACAAUGCCAGCACAAGGUACUUACAAUCUGCAACCGCAUCAUGGAUGAUGUAAUUCCAUGUGAUCGAGCAAACAGAGAUUUCCGUGUGAAGUUUCCAGAUGAUGUAAUGCAAGAAAAUCUCGCAGGACAGCUCUGGUUUGGAGCAGAGUGUCUUGCUGCUGGUUCUAGUAUUAUGAAUCGGGAGAGUGAAAGUGCAGCUAUGAGACCACUUGCUAAGGCACUAACAAAGGCCUUAGAAAAUGUAAGGAAUCUUCUGCGUGAACAGUGCUUGCGUGGAGGAACGAGUGGAAGUGGUGGUGAGGCCUUUGGGGAGAGGCUUCAAGAGGCUCUCAAGAUAUUUGACAGGCUGUUUGCCGAGUUUGAGUUGUGCUAUGUGAGUGCUCUGGUUCCUGUCAAGACCCCACGUGAAUAUGAGCUGCAGCAGCUUGUUGUUGUACUCUUCUCCGAGACACUGCAACGGGCCCUAAACAUGAAACUUUUAACUCAGGAAAUGGUGGAUGACUAUGACCCAGCACUCAUGUUUACAAUUCCGAGGCUAGCAAUUGUUAGUGGUCUUCUUAUUUUCCCUGAUGGUCCUCUCUGCUUGGAUAAAACACCAGCAGAUAUGUCUGAAAUGUUCAGACCAUUUAGAACCUUGCUCUACAAGAUAAGAGAGCUGCUAUGGACACUUAACAAAAAGGAACUCUACACUUUGGAGAAAUUGCUCUGCUCUGCUGAAGAGCCCAGUGAUUUCUGUACGGCAAAUGGUGGUCAGAGCCUGGAGUCCCAGAUUACACCAGAAGAAUUAGAAUCGAACAAUCUUUCUGAUCUUCCUGCAAAAUACCCAACAGUUCCUGAUCUAGAUGACUUUGUUAAGCGUUUUUAUAUUGAUUAUCCUAGUUGCAAACAGUUUGUAUCAGAUUUCUACAGUUCUACAGCAUCUGGACUAAAUGAAAGGCUAGCAGCAUCUGAAAAUUGUGUUGUCGGUAACUGGGAAAACCAAGAUGAAAGUGAAGAUGACACUGAAUGGGUUACCGAAUCCUCAGAGGGAGAAACAGUAGUGACUGAAGUAUGUUAUGGUGAAAAUGGUGCCGUAACUCAGGGUGAAACCAGCGGAAGGAUGUCUGCCAGCAUUGCAAAUAUGGCAGAGCAUCUAAAUUCAGUGUCAGAUUCUUCCAGACAACCCAAAAAACAUUUCCAACCAGUGAAUGGUGCUCCUUCGGAUGAGUCUGACACAUCCACUGUUUGUGGGGCAUUAGAACAAUUGACAGUUGUCAGUACACUUCCGUUUCCCUCUUCAACUCUUAUAGCAUCAGACUUUACGGUUCAAGAUGAUAACAACUUAAUAUUUCAUUCGAGGCACCGUUCAGCGGAAACCGAGGAAAGUAUUAAGAAUACUGCCAAACAUCUUGGACACAUCAGUGCUUGUGCCAGUACUGCUGAAGGAAGAGUUGGGCUCUCAGAUGGUACUUCAGAUAGACACAGGUGGGCACUGCAAAGAACUGGUUCUAUGGAUGAUCACCAGGGAUCUUCUGCGAGUGGUUCUCAGGAGGUCCUCUCACCAGCUAGUGUGACAGUGAGCAGAAUACAUGGUGAAGAAGAAGCAAGCACACAGUCACCAAUAGACUCAGGAGUUGGUACAGUAGUAAGCUGCAGUGAUACAGGAAGUCUUUCCGACAGGUCUCCAGACACUCCUGCAGCAGCAGAGCACAGGGUCCAGCCUGAGCAAGAGAGCAGUGAACAGCAGCAGUGGCAUUUGGAAACCAUCCCGUGUACGUGUACCCUUAGCUCCCGGACAGUUUUGCAUUCCCCACAGGGUGUGGCACCAAGUGCAAUUGACACAAAUGUUGACUCGGUAGUUAAUAUUAAGGAUGCAGGUGAGCUGAGAAUAAAAAUUUUGAAUAUUCCUGCUAAGGAGCAUAAAAUAAAUAAUGUGACAGAAAGUGAUAUUUUAAAUAAUCUGCAUUACCAGAGUACUGUGCGUGCAGCAACUACUUGUUUAUCUCCUUCCUAUAACUAUGUUGAUGAUGUUCCUAAUGCUCAUGCCACAAGUGAACAUUUAUCAGAGAGCAGCACUUUUCAUAGACAUGAUAGGUGUGUUUUGAGAACUGUAAGUGAUUUGCAAGGUGCUAGUGCAUCAACAGAAGAUCUUUCUAGAAAUGAAGACCAGGAUGGAAGGGAAAAGUGGGUCGGUGUAGCUACAGGAGAUGGUCAGUGUUCCCUUUGUAGUGGAAAUGAAGUUCGUAUUCAAAAUCAGACAAGGGUUCUCUUACUCAGCUCAGAAUUGGACUAUGCAGGAAAUUGGGAUUAUCUCAGGAGGCAAAAUUCCUCUGAGGUUGCUAGUUCUUCUGGAUUAAAGGCAGAGGCCCCAUCUGUGCCUGAGCGGAAAAAAGCAACUGGAACACGAUGGAGAGGGAAAAGGAGAGGAUUGUCUCCUGGAAGUCAACGAGGGGGAAAGAAGGAGAUGUCUACACCUCCGAAGGCUGUUCCAAUACAGGCAUCAAGGAACUUGGAGGUGCCAGUAGCAGGCAGCUACUCAUCUACUUGUUCCAGUUGUCCCAGCUCCGUCACAGUCAGCUCAGACAGCUGUAGUAUGAGCAGUGAUACAUCAUCGUUCAACUCAGAGUGCCAAGAUGAUGAAGAAAUUGCUUUAGCUAUGCAGGCUGCGGAAAUUGCAAAUCGUAAUGAAGCAAGGGCAAAAUUUAGGUCAAGUGAAGAUUUGGUACAUCGCCUCUUUGUUUGCAUUGCUGGUGUAGCAGAUCAGCUGCAGACGAACUUUGCUGGAGACUUGAGGAACAUUCUUAAGUGUGUCUUCCUAAUGAGUGCGUCUCAGACUACUGAUAGCAGUGAGAGCUCAGACCAAGAUUUACAGGAACAAGAAUGCCCGUCUCCAGAUGAAAAUGGUGUGGAGCACGCUGAAGAAGCGUGGGAGUCAGCAGUGGAAGCGCCGCCGCCAUGGGUUCCUGACAUCAUGGCUCCCCGUUGUAUGGCGUGUGCUGCCGCGUUCACUGUCGUCCGGCGCCGUCACCACUGUCGCAACUGUGGAAAGGUUUUCUGUGCCCGAUGCAGCUCCAAUUCAGUCCCACUGCCGAGGUAUGGGCACGUCAAGCCUGUCAGAGUCUGCAACCGCUGCUUCGUGUACCAGGUGACGCCAUUCACAUUGGAGGAGUCAACUCCUACACGAUCCUAGGAGUGUGCCAGUAACCUUUGUCUGCAGAACACAAUUGAGAUUCCAUUCCUGUGGUCUUCGCUUGUUUGUUUGGUUGGUGGUUGUGAUAUUUUUUGUCCAGUGUACUGUUAAGCAUAGUUUGUAUGUAUUUGUAUAGCUCCAAAAUAUUUCUUAAGACUUGUGGAAAUCCUAGAAUUCCUUCUUUUGUUCUGGGCUGGGUCUUUUUCAACUUAAUUCUUUUGUUAAAGUAAUUUCAGUUAUGGCCAACCAUGUACUGCCUUAUGUAAAGUGUAUGUGCGAACUGAAUUCUUAAUGAUAUUCUUAGAACUCAUUGAAUGUGUGAGCCUUUCUUUGUGAUGAUGAUGAUGAUGAUAAGAUGCCUUAGACGUACCAAACUGUGAGGGGUAGAAAAAAUCUGAAAAAUUCUCGAGUACUAAUGUAUAUGGACUUUACUGCUGAGAAAUAACUAAAGCUGCCUACAAUCAUUUACAACACAUGUACUGUUGCCAAAUAUUCUCCACAGGAUUACUUAGUAUCUAAGAUGCUGCAGAAGUUCUUAGUGUUCUCAAAUAGCUGUAAGCUUUAAUGUGAUAUUUUGUUACAGGUACAGUGCCUGUUAAGAAGUACUAAUUGUGUAACUGUCUGCAGCAUUUGGCUGUUACUCUUUGUACAAUAGAAGUAAAAUACGAAAUGUGCUAUGAGUUCUCAGUUGUAAAAAUGCUUUGGAAGGCCUAAAAGAGUGUUUUAUUUUGUAUUAUAUGGAUUUACAUUACAGUUAAGUGUGAUAUUUCACACAGACUUGAUGAAUGACUGAUAAGUUUUAUAUCAUGAGGUGUAUGUAUGUACAUAUAUAAAUAGCUGCAGGUGAGAAUUUUAUUUAUAUAAUUACUUUUUUAAAUGUUUCAAUUGUGCUGAUGUUUUUGAGAUCAUUUGCUCUAGUUUUUUAAUUAUUAUAUUGCACCAGUUCAUAAAUGGGAAUUGCCAUUGAUUUUGUUACUACUGACUAUUGAAUGCUCUUGUAAAUGAGACUGUAAAAGUCAUGUGUUUCAUCUUUACUGUGUGUGCAAUCUGCAUGUUGAUUCAGUUAUGAAAGACUUUUCUUUUAUUCCUCCAUGUAAGCACUACCUCUUUUCAGGAGAUUAUUUUCAUGCAGAUUAAAUUGCAACAAAACCAUUAUGGUCUGAAUUUUAAGUUUCUUUUUAAAUUUUUUUCAUAUCUUUAUUUUCUCUCCCAUUUGCUGUCCCAUAAGCCUCCAUUUGGUGUGAUGAUUAUUAUGCUUAAGACAGAGCCAAUUUAUAGACUGUAUUACAGGAAUUAUCAUAACUAUAGCAGUUCAGUUGCUGACAGAUUUUCUUUAACAUUUUAUAUGACACGAUACAUUGAAUUUUUAUAGUUUUCUCAUUUCUGUUGAUUGCUUACAUUGACAUGGGCUGUACGAGUGCUGGUUUUUGUGGUGGACCGAUAAGAGUAAUCUCAUCCUUUGGUGUUUUAUGCUGGUGAAUGAGGCACAGAAUGGUGAAACACAUCAUGGAAAAAAAGUCAUAACCAUUGUUCUUCAUUGCCUAUGUGAAAAGCAGCACACUUUGUUUCAUAAAACAUGUUAAGAUAUUUGGAUUACUGAUCUUUCAUAAUAACUGUGUACUUGCAUUCAUCAUGUAAAUAAAAUUUGUAGCGCAAAUAUGA